AUGGCAGCUCAACGUCCCCCACAACCGCAGCCUGACAUGGCCGAUGUCAUUGUCAUAUCUUCAUCUCCAUCUCCUUCACCUUCUCCUCCUCCAGAGGCUAGGAACGAAGGCCCCAUCGGUCCUGUUGUUGACGACGACUUCUUCCCUCCAUUCAACCUCCAUGAUUUAGAAAUGCAGGUGGAGCAACCUCCCCCACCAGAACCAGAAUUUCCCUCCCCAGAUCAAUGCCUUGCAAUGCUACUUGGUCUUUUCCCUGAUAUCGAUCACACUUACGUUAUGGGUCUCUACGAAAACAAUUUCGAGAAUGUCCAACUUCAAGGGUUGAACAUGGUUGAUUUUCUAGCUGAUCAAAUUCUCGAGACAAAUGGCGGCUAUCCUAAGUUAAAGCGAGAGGACCGAGCAGCCAAAAGGAAGAGAGAGCAAAGUCCUUCCGAAAUGAAUGCACAAGAGCUAGAAGAUAAAUAUUGCAACGAUCCCACUAGAUUUAUUCCUUCGAUGCCUGUCCGCCAGCUAAGCUCUAAGCUACUCAGGAAUGCAUUCCCAUUGAUUCCCGCCGCCUAUAUCGAUCAGGAAUUGUCUAGGAGCCGGUAUUAUAUCUUUGGUGCAUUCCAAGCGCUCGCUCAAGCUGAAUCGAAGUUCGAUGCAGACCCUGCCAAGCCUUACAAGAAGCUUACUAGGGUCAGAAAAGCGGUUCCAGAUGAAUUACUCAAGGGUUAUGUUAAUCAAAUACAACCGGAGGAAUACAACAGCUUCAUGGAGGAGUUGAGACAGGCCAAGAGAAUAUACGAGCCAAUAACCUUCAGAGGGGGCGCUGGGGCAGGGCCAGCCGACCAGUCUGACGAAGAACUAGUUGAAUGUGGAUGCUGCUUCGGCGAGGUCCCCCCUUCACAGGCGACACAAUGCACGGAUGGCCAUCUCUUCUGUCUCCAAUGUGGGAAGCAAAACGCUAAAACAGAGAUUGGCCAGCAAAGGUACAAGCUGUUUUGCAUGGAUACAUCGGGGUGUCGAAAGGAAUUCUCGCCACGUGAAAUCCGAAGAUUCUGUGAUGAGAAAAUGGUUUCAGCAUUGGAAAGAUUUGAGCAACGAGACAUGAUUAUGAAGGCCGGCAUCGAAGACCUCGUAGAAUGUCCUUUUUGCGAAUUUGCUCUUAUAAUGCAGUCGUCUGCUGAAGACGACAAGGAAUUCCGAUGCCAAAACCCCGAAUGUGGACAAAUCAGCUGCCGACUCUGCAACAAAGUAACUCACAUCCCUUAUACUUGUGAAGAGAGCGCCAAAAACAAGAAUGAAAACCUGAGGAAGGACGUUGAAGAAGCGAUGACUCAAGCUUUGCUUCCCGAAGAACGACACCACAAUGAAGUUGAAGCCGCAGAGCGAGCUGCGAUUGCUAAAAUUAGGGCUGAGAAUCCAGAAAUUACGGAAGAACAGAUGCGGAUUCAGCUUUCACAAGUCAUUAUCGAUGAUGAACGACAGAAAAUUGAGGCAGGGAAUCGCCACGCUCCUAGGGCCCAAAUCCACCAUGGUAGAAUCCAGCACAUGCCACCAGGACGCUUCCCACUUGGUCAACCAGCCCCACCACCAGUGCUUCCACCCGAACCAGGACCCAAUGUACGUCAGGUUCUUCAGGUAAUGAACCCCAUGAUACGGAUACCAUUCCAACCCAUGCUGCAGGUCCCCGCAGCAUUCCCCCUAGAUCCAGGAUUCCGAAUUGGAGUUCCGAUGUACCAACUACAAAUGCUAAGGAACCCAAUGAUCCAGGUAAAUCCACUCCCAUACUUGGGUAAUGCUGUUCCCUUCCAAGGUGCUCCCGGAUACGCGGCUCCUCCUCCCCAGCCUCUGAAUUUCAUCCAACGUUUUAUGCAGCGGCCGCCAGCGGCCCCUAUCCCGGCCCCUCCACAGCCGCAGAUGGUAGACGGUAUCUAUGGUGUAGCUCUUCAAGACCCCUUUAAUCAAUAUGGGUUCCCGGUUGCCCAACAACCGAUUGGUCUACAACCCCAUGAGCAAGUACAAGCGCGAGCACAAGCAGAAUUAGGAGCUCGUCUACAACAGGCCCAAGCUCAAGCACAACAGGCUCAACUUCAAGCACAACAGGCUCAAGCUCAGGCUCAGGCUCAGGCUCAGGCUCAGGCCCAGGCUCAGGCCCAGGCAUACGCGCAAGCGCGAGCCAACGGCAAUCCCGGAUUUAUCCAUCGAAACUUUGGUGGGAAUAGAUUGGUAGCCAGGGGCCGACAAGCCGCUCACAAUCGAGCUAUCCAGCACCCCCAGCUUAUCCCCGACAAUGGGAACGAUGUUGGAGGGGCUGCUAACGCUGCCGUUCCCGAUCUGCGAGCCGGUGCGCCCGCAACUCACGGCGCUAAGCCCGCACCUGCCCCGGAUUUUCCCGUCGUUCGUCGUCCAGCGAAGAUCAUGAAGAGGAAGUAG